ACUGUUGACACUGACAGUGACGUGACAUUGACGUUGACAUUUUAGUUCACCUUCGUUUAGUUUUGUACGUGUAUGUUAUUAAAAUCAUUAAAAUUAGCGAAAGUUUUUAUAAUCUAAAUUAAACUAAUAAUAAAAAUGGAUUAUCAGAGCAGGCAGUUAGCUGAAGAUUUCUUUUUGAGAGAACCAGUGGAUGCCAGGAUUAGGAAGCCUAAAGAUGAACCCAAGGAAGAUCCACAUCCUAAUCUUAAGGUUGAGAUGCAAACUGUUCGUCUCAAUCCUGACUCUCAAAAGUUGGUUCUGGAUACUUUAAGGUUUAUACAUGGACCAGAUUUUAAAUUGGGUAGUGCUAGUCUUUAUAAGGAUAAAGGCUCAAAUCUCAGUAAUAGAUACUGGAUGGAAAGAGGUAACCUCAUUGUUCAAGGAGGUUGUGACUAUUCCUUAUCAAUAAAACCGGAUAUGGAAUCUUCAGAAGCACGAUUAAGAGCAUUCGCCUUAGCUAAACUAGAGAAAUAUAAUUUUCACAAACCUCACUGUGCUGAAGCUUUAGAAGUAGCAGCUGAAAGUGUAGAGAAAGCUUUAGAAAUAUUAUUUAUUAAAUAUUUUAAAAUUGAAGCACAAGAGAGACCCAAUGAUAUACCAAGUCAAAAUGAACUGUUAGAAAUGAGAACGGACGAAAAAGCAGUAUUAGAAUCAAUUUAUGAUACAAGCUUCAAAAUGAAAGACAAUAAUGUUUGGACUGUUCAAUUGAAGUUAGAUUAUAUAACAAAAAUGUAUGAAAAUAAAGAUCUUGAUAUAUCAAAAACGAAAAAAAAUAUCAACUAUAAUAAUAACUUAAAAAGUAAACAGAAAGAAGUGUGUAAAUUAUAUUUAAAAGGUCCUUGUAGAUUUGGUGCUAAAUGUAAAUUUUUGCAUGAAAAUAAAGUUGGAGAGAGCAUUUCAAAUAUAACAGAUACUACAGAAAAUACAAUAGUUAAUUAUGAAUUAGAAAUAAGAUUUUCAGAAGACUCAUGGUACCCAUAUCAACCACCUUUAAUAUUUUUCAAAGCAGUAACUCCGACAACAAUUAUACCUGAAGCUGUAUUUUUAAAAGUAACAGCUAAACUUUUGGAUGAAGCUAAGGUGUUCGCUCAAGAUGGUAUACCAUGUAUAUAUUCAUUAGUUGAAUUACUUAAUAAUGAAGAUGAAAUAAAGAAUUUUAUACAAUUUGAUACUAGGACUUUUCCUGAUGCAUCUGAACCGUUGUUUCCGCAGUUAAGAGAGGAGACUAGUUUAAUUAAAGAAAAGUUACCUUCUCAUUAUAAAAAAAGUGAAAAUAGGAAUAUGAGAAAUAAUAUAAAUAUGGAUGAAAUAAUAAGGGAAAACAAGGAAAUAGCAAAAAGGUGGCAAGAAAAACCAUCCAAUGAUAGAUACAAAAGAAUGAUGAAUACUAGAAGAAAGUUACCGGCAUGGCAGAAACGUAGUGAUAUUUUGAAUGCUAUGAAGAGAUCACAGGUUAUUGUAAUAAGUGGAGAAACAGGCUGUGGUAAAAGUACUCAGGUUCCUCAGUACAUCUUAGAUAAUUGGUUAGAAAAUUUCAAUGAAGGUGGAAAGGAGCAUGUCGAGAUAGUGUGUACUCAGCCUAGAAGAAUAUCAGCUAUUGGAGUGGCUGAUAGGGUUGCGGAAGAGAGAGUCGAAAAGACUGGACAAGUUGUUGGUUAUCAGAUAAGAUUAGAAAGCAAAGUAUCGUCAAAAACUCGGUUAACAUUCUGUACCACUGGUAUUCUUCUACGGAGACUUGAGUAUGAUCCUCAGUUGAAGUCGGUCACCCAUGUUGUGGUGGAUGAGGUGCACGAGCGUUCUGAAGAGAGUGACUUCCUAUUACUGAUCCUUAGGGAUCUUGUGAAAGUCAGGAAAGAUCUUACUGUCAUAUUGAUGAGUGCGACAUUGAAUGCUGAACUGUUUUCUGAUUAUUUCAAUAAUAUACCUGUUUUGGAAAUUCCAGGACGAACAUUCCCUGUGGAACAGUUUUUCUUGGAAGAUAUCAUGGAGCUCACUAAUUAUGUACUAGAAGAAAAUGGACCUUACGCACGUAAAGUUAAGAAAGGAGAGAAAAAGUCAGAUAUAGAAACUGAAUUAGAGACAGCAGACGUUAGAGCCGAUUCUAAUGAGCCACCCAAACAGUCGAUACGAGACGAUAACUUGACUAUAGCACAAAUGCUCGCCCGAUAUCCCAGGUGCAGUAAAACCACGUGCAAGAACAUGUAUCUCAUGGAUUCUGAAAAGAUAAACUUGGAUUUGGUAGAACACGUUUUGAAUUACAUUGUAGACGGUGAUCACAAAUGGCCAAGAGAAGGCGCCAUUUUGAUAUUUCUUCCCGGUAUUGCCGAAAUCAUGAGCCUACACGAUCAGUUAGCUGAAAGUCACACGUUUAGUCCUAAAACGGGAAAAUACGUCCUCGUACCGCUUCAUUCUACGUUAUCCAGUGAAGAACAAGCUGUAGUCUUUAAAAAACCAAAACCCGGCGCUCGAAAGAUAGUCCUCUCCACAAACAUAGCUGAAACAUCGGUCACCAUAGACGAUUGCGUCUUUGUCAUAGACUGUGGACGAAUGAAAGAAAAGAGAUUCGACUCGAACCGUAACAUGGAAUCUCUAGAUCUAGUGUGGGUAUCGCGCGCGAACGCCAAGCAACGUCGCGGUCGCGCCGGCCGCGUGAUGCCCGGAGUGUGCGUUCACCUUUACACCUCGCACAGAUACAACUAUCAUAUAUUAGAACAACCUGUGCCCGAAAUCCAUAGGAUACCGCUAGAACAACUUGUGUUGAAGAUAAAAAUACUGCCGCUGUUCCAAGAUAUGAGUGUUCAUGAAGUUUUAGGCAAAACUGUCGAACCGCCUACUAAGACAAAUAUAGACGGUGCUCUAUCCCGCUUACAAGACGUUGGGGCUUUAGACAAAUACUUCUCACUUACCGCGCUCGGAAAGCACUUAGCCGAGUUGCCUGUAGACGUGCGGAUAGGGAAGCUAAUGUUAUUCGGAGCUAUAUUCUGUUGUGUAGACUCCGCUUUAACAAUGGCAGCAUGUUUGAGUCACAAAAGUCCGUUUGUCGCACCCUUCGGUAAGAAGGUAAGUUACAUUUACUGUUUCUUUAUAACUUAUAUUGAAGUUCAUGUGUAUAAUUCAAGGCGCCAUGUAGGGGUUUAUUUUGCUAAAUUACAAGAUAGUAUAGUCGCAGUAUACAUUUUUUAUAAAAUCGAUACUCUUUGUAUGUAAAAAAAAAAAAACUUUGGAUUUCUGUUUUAUGUUUGUUAAUUUUUAAUGCUUAUUUAUAGUCCGAAGCAGACGCCAAGAGAAGAGAAUUCGCAUGGUCCAACAGUGAUCAAUUGACCACACUUAGAGCUUAUAGGAAAUGGCAACAUGCCAUGAAGCAUAGUACUCAUGCAGCUUUAGUAUUCGCAAAUGAAAACUUUUUGUCGCACAAAACAAUGUUGAUGUUAGCCGAUAUCAAACAUCAGUUGUUGGGUUUGCUGGCGUCUAUCGGUUUCGUACCGGAUAUGCCCGCGCUGAGAAGGAAAAUGAGAAAGGAUUCUGUAGAAAACCUUACGGGGGAAGAGGUAAAUAGAUUUUUCGUUUAAAGUUUUUGAAAAGUUUCGUUCUAUUAUAUCAUGUUUCAAAAUAGAUAUGUACAGUACA